AGCGUUAGCUUGUUAGCUUGAGAGCAGCAUUAGCUUGUGUUGAGAGGACGGUGUUGUUUUGUUGGGACGUUUGUUAGGUUUUUGGACAGAAAGGACGAUACGUGGUUCGUGUGGGAACUCUCAGCAUUUUCCAAAGUGUCGUAAAUGAGUGAAGAAGUGUUGAACGGAAAGACAACGUGGAUUGCUGUGAUUGUGAGACUAGCAGAUGAUCGAUCGGAGCUGCAGUGAAGAGGACGGCGGUGUUUGUGGGAGUUGGAGCUGAAGAUCGGAGCAGGAACCAUGUCUUCCCUUCAGUCUCUGAGAGAGUUGAUCAACGAGCGACUAGCUGCUGCUGCUGAAGAAAUCUGCAGACUCUGUGAAGGAACCAUCGUCCAGUACGAGCAGGAGCUCUGUCGUCAGCGCAGACUGCUGGAUGUCAUCUGGAAACCACAGCUGCAGCUACACCACAUAGUUCUCCCCCAGCAUUGGAUGACUGAAGAGGAAGAUCUCUGCAACCAGCAGAGGAACUUCAAAGUGGAACAGGAGGAACCAGAACCUCCACAGGUGAAAGAGGAACAGGAGGAACAAGAACCUCCACAGGUGAAAGAGGAACAGGAGGAACCAGAACCUCCACAGAUGAAAGAGGAACCAGGGGAACUCUGCAUCAGUCAGGAUGAAGAUCAGAUUGAUAUGAAGCAGGAGACUGAUACCUUGAUGGAGAUUCCUACUUAUGAGGAAGAUGAGAACAGUGAAGCAGAUCUAAACAAUCAGCAGAGCCUUAAUGUAACUGAUAGUCAGGAUGAAGAAGGAAACCAACAUGAAGAAUCAACAUCAACUACAGAUGAAGAGACAGACCCACAGAACAGAGAUCAGAGGAAGAGGAGGGACAGAAGUCAUAUCCAAAGUGUGGACAGCUCUCACAUGUCAGCAGGCCUCCCCCAGCGUUUGAUGACUGAAGAGGAAGAUCUCUGCAUCCAGCAGAGGAACUUCAGAGUGGAACAGCAAGAACCGGAACCUCCACAGAUUAAAGAGGAAUUAGGGGAAAUCUGCAUCAUUCAGGAUGAAGAUCAGCUUGAUCUGAAGCAGGAGACUGAUACCUUGAUGGAGAUUCCUACUUAUGAGGAAAAUGAGAACAGUGAAGCAGAUCUAAACAAUCAGCAGAGCUUUAAUGUAACUGAUAGUCAGGAUGAAGAAGGAAACCAACAUGAAGAAUCAACAUCAACUACAGAUGAAGAGACAGACCCACAGAACAGAGAUCAGAGGAAGAAAAGAGACAGAAGUCAUGUCCAAAGUGUGGACAGCUCUCACAUGUCAGCAGGUCUCCCCCAGCAUUGGAUGACCGAAGAGGAAGAUCUCUGCAACCAGCUGAGGAACUUUAGAGUGGAACAGAAGGAACCAGAUCCUUCACUGAUUAAAGAGGAACAGGAGGAACCAGAACCUCGACAGAUUAAAGAGGAACCAGGGAAAGUCGUCAUCAGUCAGGAUAAAGAGCAGCUUGAUCUGAAGCAGGAGACUGAUACCUUGAUGGAGAUUCCUACUUAUGAGGAAGAUGAGAACAGAGAAGCAGAUCUAAGCAAUCAGCAGAUCUUAAAUGUAACUGAUAGUCAUGAUGGAGGAAACCAACAUGAAGAAUCAAAAUCAACUACAGAUGAAGAGACAGACCCACAGAAAGGAGAUCAGAGGAAGAGGAGGGACAGAAGUUAUAUCCAAAAUGGGUCUGAUGAAAGAUAUUGUGCAUCUAAAAAAUGUGGUAAUAAGUUUAGUGGGCGGCCUCAGUUGAAAUUUCACAUGAAAACCCACACAGGAGAAAAGCCUUUUACUUGUAAAGAAUGUGAUAAAAGUUUUAGUCGUAUAUCUACUCUCAAAGCACACAUGAAAACCCACACAGGAGAAAAGCCUUUUACUUGUAAAGAAUGUGAUAAAAGGUUUAGUCAUAAAUCAAAACUCAAAACACACAUGAGAACUCACACAGGAGAAAAGCCUUUUACUUGUAAAGAAUGUGAUAAAAGUUUUAGUGAAAAAUCAAAACUCAAAAGACACAUGAGAACUCACACAGGAGACAAGCCUUUUACUUGUGAAGAAUGUAAAAUAAGUUUUAAUCAAAUAUCUAAUCUCAAAACACACAUGAGAAUUCAUACAAGAGAAAAGCCUUUUACUUGUAAAGAAUGUGAUAUACGUUUUAGUCGUAUAUCUACUCUCGAAAGACAUAUGAGAACUCACACAGGAGAAAAGCCUUUUUCUUGUAAAGAAUGUAGUAAAAGUUUUAGUUAUUCAUCUAGUCUCAAAAGACACAUGAGAACUCAUACAGGAGAAAAGCCUUUUUCUUGUAAAGAAUGUAAAAAAAGUUUUAGUCGUACAUCUGAUCUAAAAACACACAUGAGAACUCACACAGGAGAAAAGCCUUUUUCUUGUAAAGAAUGUGAUACAAGUUUUUGUCAACUAUCUACUCUCAAAAUACACAUGAGAAUUCACACAGGAGAAAAGCCUUUUUCUUGUAAGGAAUGUGAUACAAGUUUUAGUCGAAUAUCUAUUCUAAAAACACACAUGAAAACUCAUUCAGGUGAGAGAUAGUUUUUAUGGCUGAUAAAUGGCUCAGUCAUAAAUGUAAUUUAGUAUAAUACAUUAGAUCACACACAGUUGAGUAGCUUUUCUUUUGAAACAAAAACAUUUUUUUAUAAAGUAUUUAGAGAAAAACCUCAACUUCGAAAACAGAAAAACAUAGAGCAGAAAACUUGUACAGUAUAUGGGAAAAUAUUGUGUAAAUGUCAUUUAGACGUUUUGUUUUUAAAAGAAAGAACUUUAUUUUUUUAUACAAAAAAAUAAAAAUGUAGGAAUAUUUCAAGCCUUAGUUUAAUUUAGUGAAUUUAUUGUAUAAGUUUAAAUAAAACAAUAUUGUUUGUCCAGGAAAAAAAGAACAUUCUAUUAAAUGUUUACAUCAAAAACAUUUAGUGAUCAUGUUUAACCCUUGUUCUAUCCCAGGCAUUUUAACGUUGGGAGUUUGGUCAUCUAGACCCACUAGACAGUGCGCUGAACCUUUUUUUUUUCAAUGAUUUGUGAUCUUCAAUGGUUCAAUGGAUUACAUGAAAAUGUUCCACCUUUAUACACCUUUGUCAUGGUAGGGAGAACACGUCAAUGUAAGGGUGGGGUCAUCUAAGAUAGCACAAGGGUUACAAAGUGUGUUGUUUCCUUCCUGUCAGCGACUGCUUUGGUAUUGGAGGUGUAAAUUAUCUCAGUCAGACUGGAGGAUUGAUUGUAUUUUGCACCAUCCCACAUUGCCAAAAUUGCCUAAAUCUUUUUCAAAGACUAUGAUGUUACUGUUUGAUCAACCAGUAAAGUUCUCUGAGCUGAAUCCAAUGAAUAAAUCUAUGAUCUGUUAAGAAGAGGAAGAUGAAA